UACUCAAGGUGCAGAACACCUGAAAGCUGCUUUGUUAUGUGCAACUAACUUGUGUUUUUGUUUCAGGGUAAAAAUGUUGAUGCAUAUGUUGCCAGCAUUGCUGAUUUUAUUUUUGGCAUCUGAUAGGUCCCAUGCCCAGACAAGCUAUGUUACAGGAUAUACAUCCAAAGUAAGCACAGGGUCGUCACCAUCAGCCAUCUCAUCCUCUCUGACAUAUUUAGUGGACACUACAGGGUCAAUGUAUGAUGAUCUCCAGCAGUUGAAAUUGGUGAAUAAUUGGCUUCUUGAUCGCAUAACAGCACGAUUCCCAUAUGGAGUACGCCAGUAUACAAUGGUUGAGUUUAAUGACCCAACCUUUGGUCAAGUAAAGGUGACCUAUUCAAUGGAUGAGUUUAAAGCGUUUUUCAAUAAUCUCUAUGCCUACGAUGGAGGCGACUGUCCAGAACUUGCAAUGAAUGGGCUCAAAGUGGCUUUAGAGAAUUCCCCACCCAAAUCUUUCAUUCUGGUGCUCACAGAUGCAUCUGCCAAAGAUUACACAAACACUGCUCUUCUAAACAACAUAUAUUCACUUAUUAAUACCAAACAGUCACAGGUUGUCUUUUUGAUUACAGGGCUUUGCUGGGGUUUAGAUGAUCCAGCAUUCCUUAUUUACAGGGAUAUUGCUUCUAAGAGCUCUGGGCAUGUCUUCCAAAUUGGCCUCUCAGAUCUGAACAAAGUGUUUAAUUAUCUAGACUUCACGCUAUCAAGACCUGCUAACAAUACAGAAAGACUUUUGUACAGAUACUACAAUGGCAGUCAUACUGAUAACUUUUCCAUAUCAACUAACUACACUACCUUACUGUUCAUCACUGAUGGCCCAAUUACCUCAAUAAGAAUUAUUGGACCUGACUUGAAGGACUCAAAUCCAAAGGCAAUUGUGUCUGAAACCUGGGGUUCAAUGUAUCAGGUUAACAACCCUGCCAAAGGGAAAUGGACCAUAUCUGUAAAUUCAAGCAGUCCUCAUGCUAUACAGGUGGAUGGAUUAACAGUUACCAACACAUCAUUGACUGCACGCUGUUCCAACUGUCAUCCCAAUGCUACAUGUGAAGCAUAUCUUGGCCUAUUUCAGUGUAGCUGUAAGGAUGGAUACAUUGGAGAUGGCUUCUCAUGUUUAGAUAUUGAUGAAUGUGCCUAUUCCUGGUUAAACAACUGUACUUAUGGAUAUUGUGUAAAUACAAUUGGCUCCUAUGACUGUGUGUGUCCUGUCGGAUACACAAAAGGAGCAGGAAAUACUUGUGUUGACAUUAAUGAAUGUUCUAGUCCAGACCUGAAUAAAUGCCACCCAUUAGCCACCUGCUUUAAUAAUGUUGGAUCAUAUUCAUGUGUGUGUCCACCUGGAGUUCUUGGUAAUGGAUUUUAUUGUGAAAUUGAUCAAUGUGCCAGAGGUGUGUGUGGGAGUAAUUUGGAUUGCAUUAAAAAUGGUGGCAGCUACUAUUGCUCUGAUCCAUGUGGCAAUCACACUGUUCUUAAUGAACCCUGGAGAAGCACGGCCAAUGCACAAUAUGUGGACGUCAAAUGUGACUAUGACAAAGUGGGCUGGUAUCGUUUCAUUGGAAAUGGAGGAAUACGCAUGCCGGAAUCCUGUGUUCCAAUGUUGAGGUGUAACACACAUGCACCUAUGUGGUUAGAUGGAUCACAUCCCAUUCCAACUGAUGGUAUUGUCAGUCGCCAAGCCUGUGCCCAUUGGUCUGGAGACUGUUGCCUUUGGUCAUCAACUGUACAGAUUAAGGCUUGUCCUGGUGGAUACCAUGUCUAUAAACUGAAUAGAACCCAAGGCUGCUCCUUAUCAUAUUGCACAGAUCCCACUUCACUCAAUGAUGCAUGCUUAUGCACUGACGAUGAGGAAUGCAGAUUUGUAUCUGGAUCCUAUGGGUGCUACUGCAAGGAAAAUCGGACUAUAACUGCUCUCUCAGACUUAAGGCCAACUGUGAACUGUGGAACGCAAAAAUUGAAAACAACUUUCCGAAAAUGUCAGCUGAGGGCUCUGAAAGUUGACGUCAAGGAUAUAAUACUCGCAGACAGUUCUUGCUUUGAUGUCCUGAAUGAUAAUAAUACCAACACAUAUUCAGUUCUGUCCCCUCUGCAAGCAGGGAACUGUGGGAUGAAAUUGAAAACCAAUAGCACCCAUGCCUUUUAUACAAAGAGUUUUGACUUCACCUUUCUACUUAAUGGUAUGAUUAUUAGAGAUAAGCUGACAACGACUUCAACCUGUAUUUACCCGCUUGAUAUGAGACUAAGUCUUAACGCUGCCCUCAAUCCCAUUAUCAGCACCACAUAUAUUAACACUACUGACACAGGAAAUUUUACUGCUCACAUGUCAGUUUACAACAGCAGCAGCUAUACGUAUCCAUACCAAGGAGUAUCUGUUGACAUAUUAACCAAAACGUUGAUUUAUAUUGGAGUGUUCCUUGAUGGGCCAGAUCCAUCCCUGUAUGCCUUGGUACUGAAAAACUGCUACGCUACUCCAUCAAGCAAUCCAGAUGAUCCCAUGAAAUAUUAUAUCAUCCAAAACAGCUGCCCCAGCAAGAGAGAUGGCACCGUCAGUGUAGCAGAAAAUGGCUUGUCUAGCCAAGCGAAAUUCUCUUUACAAAUGUUCGCAUUUGCAGGGAAUUAUAACCAAGUCUAUAUGCACUGUGAGAUCUAUGCGUGUGACACCAGCACCACGAUUUGCGCACCUUCAUGCUCAGGGUCCCGUGCCUUGGAUGUCACCACACAGACUACCUAUAGUGUGAAACUAGGACCAUUCACCAAACUAGAUCCAGCUGCCGCUUAUGAUCCAGCUCCUUCUGUAGCUGCCGCUUAUGGCACACGUGCAUCUUGGAUGGUUACUGGAACAAUGCUAAUGUUCUUGUCAAUAGUCUUCGUGUCUGGAAAGCAAUAAUCUUCUGCACUGGAUUUCUGGAGCCUGCACAACAAGCAGUAUAAAUAUAUAAUGUAUUUAUAGAUACCCCUGAAAUCUAGUCUCGGUGUUUGUAUACUGAACAUAUUAUAUAGAAAUACAAUGGUGAGUGGUGAUUAAUAUGGUUUCUACCUUUAUGAGAUUGCACAUAUCACUUCAUGGGACGGCUCACUGCCAUGUCUACAUAUUCAUGCGUGUUUACCGGUUUUUAAUUAACUUGUACUGAGUAUGUAUUCACUAUUUCUUGUUUGUUUCUCUUUAAAAUAAAUGACAGAAAAAUA